UAAAUUUUAAUGCUCUGUAGGAGGAUUGUUAAAGAGAAAAAUGAGAUAGUCUUCAAAGCUUGAGUCAAAUUUCCACAUUACCUAGAACCAACAUGAUAGUUAGCAGUAGUGGGGGUGCUCGCUCUGGUCAGAUAAUGUCGAUGACUUCUAGCCCUCAAGCUUCAUCUGGUGCUUCUAGCAUGCAGCUUGUACCUCUUGCUAACAAUCCUAUCCUUGAGAAAAAGGCAGCUGUCUAUGCUGAAGUUGUAAAGAAUCUGAAUGAUGCAAGAGAACGUGGAUUACCAUUUAAACAUGCGAUAGCUUUCAAGGGUGCUUAUGUCUUUAAUUAUUGGUGCAAGGCGCCAUCUUGAGCGGGGUCAUGAAAAAUAUGUAGUGGAUACUAUCCAAAGUCAUC